AUGAAGAGCAUUCUCAUCUUCGUUCUGGCCUUCGUGCUGCUCGCCGCCCUGGCCUGCAAGGCCAGUAAUGACAACGGGGCCAGCGAGUGCGUCGAGUACAACAACCCGCCCGGCGCCAUCGGCACCACGGGCACCUGGUCCAUCCAGGCCAACAUCAAGAACAAGCACUGCGUGCCCAUCCACGUCGCCGGCAUGCGCGGCAUCAACCCGAACAACAACACGCAGGUCUCGCUCGCCAACGGCGUCUACGCCCGCGUCAAGCAGGCCUUCGUCAACAUGCUCUUCAACGCCGCGUCUGCUGGCGCCACCGCCCAGGACUGCGCCGAAGUGGUGGUCUACGUCGUCGACAUGGUCUCCAUCCGCCCCGUCGUGAACCAGGUCCAGACCGAGCUCUGGGGCGCGCCCACCGCAACCAACCCGUUCCCCUUCCCGCCCCGCACCAUCCUCCAGAUCAGCGGCUUCAACGGCCUCACUUGCCAGUACGCCACCGAGCCCAAGUACCGCCAGGGCACUGCCGGUGCCAACGGCCAGGUCGUGUGCGCUGACAACGGCACGCCCAUCGGUGACAUCAUGGAGGUCAAGGGCACCUUCUACGUCCGCGACUAA